AUGGAUGUGUACCCUCCGCGCCGGCUCGGCAUGCCUCGCACGCGCCCCGCGGGCGGCUCUAGCCACGGGUCGCCCUUCGUCAGCUGCAGCCGACUCCGAUGGGUCCAGAGCAUCCUGACCCAGAGCAGCAAGUCACAGCCGGAUGGGAUCCUCUGCAUCCUAGGAAUUGAUAGCAGGUACAAUGAAGGCUGCAAAGAGCUGGCAAAUUAUCUUCUCUUUGGACUGUAUGAUCAGAAUAGCAAUGAUUUUGAGAAGGCGGGAUUUUCUGAAGAAAUUCUAGAUGAUAUAAUCAUAUUGAUUAAAUCUGAUAGUGUCCAUCUGUACUGUAAUCCUAUAAAUUAUCACUAUCUCUUACCCUACGUGGCACGUUGGAGAAAUCUGCAUUUCCACUGCAUGACGGAGAAUGAGUAUGAAGAUGAGGAAGCUGCAGAAGAAUUUAAAAUUGCCAGCUUUGUGGACAUGGUCAGAGACUGUAGUAGGAUUGGCAUUCCUUACAGCUCUCAAGGUCACCUGCAGAUAUUUGAUAUGUUUGUAGUGGAGAAGUGGCCGAUUGUACAGGCUUUUGCACUUGAGGGCAUUGGAGGGGAUGGAUUUUUUACCAUGAAAUAUGAGUUGCAGGAUGUGAGUUUGAAUUUGUGGAAUGUCUACAGCAGGAUGGAUCCAAUGUCUCUGGAGAAUUUGCUUUCAGAAGAUUUAGUGGCUUUUGAACACCAGUGGACAAGCUUCUUUGCUAAUUUUGAUACAGAAAUUCCUUUCCUCCUGGAACUUUCUGAAUCUCAAGCUGGAGAGCCAUUCCGAAGUUACUUCAGUCAUGGAAUGAUCUCCAGCCACAUAACGGAAAACAGUCCUAAUAGGCAGCCUUUUGUGCUCUUUGGUAAUCACUCCACACGAGAAAACCUGAAUGCUGGCAGCUUUAACUUCCCUUCAGAAGGGCACCUGGUACGCAGCACUGGCCCUGGUGGGAGCUUUGCCAAACACAUGGUGGCACAGUGUGUCUCACCAAAGGGGCCCCUUGCUUGCUCAAGAACAUACUUUUUUGGAGCUACUCACACUCCUUACUUGGGUGAUGACAAGAAGCCGCCCAAGAAAACCGAACAAAUUAGGCUCUUAUCCCAGGUCUAUGCCGCUGUUGUUGAGGCUGUGUUGGCUGGCAUUGCUUGCUAUGCUAAAACUUCCAGUCUAACGAAGGCCAAGGAGGUGGCAGAGCAAACCCUGGGAUCUGCAUUAGAUUCUCAUGACUUGGUGCAAUUUAAGGCAGCCCUAUGCUCCAAGAUGACUUUUCAGAUACAUGCUGUGAAUAAUCAGGGAAGAAUUGUACCUCUGGACAAUGAAGAUAGCUUAUACUUUGUGAAGACGGCUUCCAUGACCGUCUAUGACAUUCCUGACUUGCUGGGAGGAAAGGGGUGCUUGGGCUCUGUGGUCUUCUCAGAAUCCUUUUUGACAUCCCAGAUCUUGGUUAGAGAGAAGAAUGGCACUGUUACCCCAGAAAGCAGCUUCGUGGUCCUGACAGCGGCCGUACCCAGAUUCUGCUCGUGGCUGGUAGAAGAUAAUGAAGUAAAAUUGUCUGAGAAAACACAGCAAGCAGUGAAGGAAGACGGCUGUUUCCUGGGCACUUUCCUGACGGCAGGAGAAGGAGCGUAUCUUUAUUCCAGCAAUCCAAACUCCUGGGCUGAGGAAGGGAAAGUGCAUUUCUUCUCAGGUGGACUUCUGUUUUCUCACCGUCACCAUGGAAGUAUCAUCAUUUCUAAGGAUCAUGUGAAUUCCAUUUCGUUCUAUGAUGGGGACUCCACCAGUGUUGUUGCUGCCCUUCUUAUAGACUUCAAAAGCUCGCUGCUGUCUCAUCUUCCAGUGCAUUUUCACGGAUCAAGCAAUUUUCUGAUGCUUGCCCUUUUCCCCAGAUCGAAGAUAUACCAAACAUUUUACUCAGAGGUCUUCUCCCCCUGGCAACAGCAGGCUAACUUAGGACUCUGUUUAAAAGUGAUCCAGGAAGAUGGAUUAUCUGUGGAACAAAGGAGAUUACACUGCAGUGCCCAGAAGCUCUUCAGUGCCCUGGGCCAUCCUGCCGGGGAGAAAUGGAGCCCCCUGAAGCUGCUCUCAGCCAGACUCCCGGAGCUGGACUGGUUCCUCCAACAUUUCGAAGUCAGCAGCGUUAGUUGGGAGCCCGUGAUGAGGGCUCAUCUUCCUGUCCUGCUGCAGCAAGCUGAAGUCAGCCCUCCUGUCAAGGUGGAAAAAGACAAGGUCAUUAUCAGCAUCAUAACUGGCCUCCCAGGCUGUCAUGCUAGUGAGCUCUGUGCUUUUCUGGUCACACUGCAUAAGGAAUAUGGCAGGUGGAUGGUUUACCGCCAGCUCAUGGACAGCUCCGAGUGCUUCCACGCUGCCCACUUCCAGAGAUUCCUUUCCAGCGCUGUGGAGGCCCAGCAAAACCGUUCUGCUCGCCAGGCAGCCUACACCCGCAAGAAGUCCAGACUGCUGGUGGUGUUGCAAGGCUAUACAGAUGUUAUUGACGUUGUCCAGGCACUGCAGACCCAUCCAGACACAAAUGUCAAGUCUUCCUUUACGAUUGGUGCGAUCACGGCGUGCGUGGAGCCCCUGAGUUGCUACAUGGAGCACAGAUUUCUCUUCCCUAAGUGUCUUGAUCAGUGUUCACAAGGGUUGGUGAAUAAUGUGGUGUUUACCAGUCACACCUCGGAGCACAGGCAUCCUCUCCUUGUUCAGCUGCAGAACCUCAUCAGGGCCGCCAAUCCUGCCGCAGCCUUCAUUCUUGCAGAAAAUGGGAUUGUCUCCAGGAAUGAGGACAUUGAGCUGAUUCUCUCAGAAAAUAGUUUUUCCAGCCCUCAGAUGCUCCGAGCUCGAUAUUUAAUGUACCCUGGCUGGUAUGAAGGUAUAUUUGAUUCUGGAUCGGUCUUUCCGCUAAUGGUUCAGAUCUGCGUCUGGUUUGGUCGGCCCUUAGAGAAGACUCGCUUUGUGGCCAAAUGCAAAGCAAUUCAGGCCUCCAUCAAGCCGAGUCCCUUCUCUGGAAACAUCUACCAUAUCUUGGGCAAAGUGAAGUUUUCAGACUCUGAGAGGACGAUGGAGGUCUGCCACAACACUCUAGCCAAUUCUUUAAGCAUCGUGCCGGUGUUGGAGGGACCCACUCCACCACCUGACUCCAGAAGCACACCUCAGGACAGCGGUGGGCAGCAGGAGUACUACCUUGUGUUCAUCGGCUGCUCCCUGAAGGAAGACAGCGUCAAGGACUGGCUGCGGCAGUGCGCGAAGCAGAAACCUCAGAGGCGAGCUCUGAAGACCAGGGGGAUGCUGACGCAGCAGGAAAUCAGGAGCAUCCACGUGAAACGUCACCUGGACCCCCUACCUGCUGGCUACUUUUAUAACGGAACUCAGUUUGUCAACUUCUUUGGUGACAAGACAGAUUUUCACCCACUCAUGGACCAGUUCAUGAAUGACUACGUGGAAGAAGCCAACCGAGAAAUCGAGAAGUACAACCGGGAGUUGGAGCAGCAGGAAUUCCACGACCUGUUCGAGCAGAGGUCCUAG